UGUUACAAAAAUGGCAACAGAGUCGAUUUUACAAGUCUCUGUAAUAUCAGUUUUGGAAGAAGUUCUUCAACAGCAAGGAACUCGAAUUCGUGACAUUAAUUUGGCUUCAAGAAAAGCAGAGGAAUCUUCUUUGAGAAGAUAUGAAGCUGCACGGUGGCUGAGAAAAACGGUUGGUGUUGUUGGAGGUAAAGACUUGCCGGCUGAGCCUUCUGAAGAAGAAUUCAGGCUCGGAUUGCGAAGUGGCAUAAUCCUUUGCAACAUUCUUAACAAGGUUCAACCUGGAGCUGUGCCAAAGGUUGUAGAAGGAGCUUGUGAUUCUGUUAUUAUUCCUGAUGGGGCUGCUCUAUCAGCAUACCAAUACUUUGAAAAUGUGAGAAACUUUCUUGUAGCUAUCGAGGAAAUGGGGAUUCCAACUUUUGAAGCCUCUGAUUUGGAACAGGGUGGGAAAUCUUCAAGGAUUGUUAACUGUGUUCUAGCACUAAAGUCUUACAGUGAAUGGAAAAAAAGUGGUGGAAUUGGUUCAUGGAAAUAUUCAGCAAAUUCCAAACCCUCAAGCUUCGGGUCAGGGAAACACUUCGUACGAAAAAACAGUGAACCAUUCAUGAAUUCCAUUUCAAGGACUGUGUCAUUGGGUGACAAGUCUGUGGAUAGCUUGUGUAAUGAUAAACAGUCAGACCUCAGUGAAGCAGCUUCCGUCCGUUCUUUGCAAAUGCUAGUUCGUGCAGCUCUUUCAGAUAAGAAGCAAGAAGAAAUUCCAAUGAUUGUGGAAUCUGUGUUCAAUAAAGUCUCGGAGGAGUUCGAGCGUCGCUUGGCAAGCCACAAUGAACUGAUUAGAGCUGCUACUGCAAAAAAUAUGGAAGAGUCUGUCCCUGAUAAUUCUCUUUCACGAACUCCUUCAUGUGAUGACAAGAUUAGAGCUGCUACUGCGAAAAAUAUGGAAGAGUCUGUCCCUGAUAAUUCUCUUUCACGAACUCCUUCAUGUGAUGACAAGAUUAGAGCUGCUACUGCAAAAAAUAUGGAAGAGUCUGUCCUUGAUAAUUCUCUUUCACGAACUACUUCAUGUGAUGACAAGGUUAAAGUAGAGGCCCCAGCUGAGGAAAUUGUUGAUGAUCAAUCAUCAACAGAAUCAGAGAAAAUGGAACCUUAUUAUGGAAAGUCCAAUAGUACUGAUAAGGAAUCAAAAAGACAUCUUUUGAAACUGCAGAUAAUGGUUGAACAGAAACAACGAGAUAUUCUGGAACUGAAGCAUUGCCUUCAUACCACAAAAGAGGGUAUGCAAUUUUUGCAAAUGGCGUACCGUGAAGAAUUUAUCAGUCUAGGUAAACACUUGCAUAGUCUAGCUUAUGCUGCUUCAGGAUAUCAGAGAGUUCUUGAAGAAAACCGCAAGUUAUACAAUCAAGUGCAGGACCUGAAAGGGAAUAUAAGAGUAUACUGCCGGGUAAGGCCAUUCUUGAGCGGGCAAUCGAACAGUUUGAGUUCUGCAGACCACAUAGAUGACACAACUAUCACAAUCCUCACCCCUUCAAAAUAUGGAAAGGAGGGAAGGAAAUCAUUUACCUUUAACAAAAUUUUUAGUCCUUCUGUAACCCAAGCUGAGGUUUUCUCCGAUACUCAACCUUUGAUUCGGUCUGUGCUUGAUGGUUAUAAUGUUUGUAUAUUUGCUUAUGGCCAAACAGGAUCAGGGAAAACUUAUACCAUGACCGGGCCUAAGAAGCUCACCGAGGAAGAUUUAGGCGUAAACUACAGGGCAUUGAGUGAUCUAUUUCUUCUCUCCAACCAGAGGAAAGAAACCAUUUCCUAUGAUAUUUCUGUGCAAAUGCUUGAAAUUUACAAUGAGCAAGUCAGGGAUCUCCUUUCUGCUGAGGGUCUAAAUAAAAGAUAUCCUUUAUAACAGACUUAUAUAUGUUUCUCUGUAAUCUCUCAAAAUGGGAUUAAUGUACCUGAUGCAAACCUUGUACGUGUAUCAUCAACAUUUGAUGUCAUAAAUUUGAUGAACCUUGGGCAAAAAAAUCGCGCAGUUAGUGCUACAGCCAUGAAUGACCGGAGUAGUCGAUCUCACAGCUGCUUGACAGUUCACGUUCAAGGAAAAGACAUCACUUCAGGAAACAUUCUUCGCGGCUCUUUGCACCUGGUUGACCUAGCAGGAAGUGAAAGGGUAGAUAAAUCUGAGGUGACAGGGGAUAGGUUAAAAGAGGCACAACACAUCAACAAAUCUCUUUCUGCUUUAGGAGAUGUAAUCUCUUCUCUUGCUUCAAAAAACUCACAUGUUCCCUAUAGAAACAGUAAACUUACUCAGUUGCUCCAAGAUUCACUUGGAGGACAAGCCAAAACACUCAUGUUUGUUCACAUUGCUCCAGAGUUUGAAGCUCUUGGAGAAACAAUUAGUACACUUAAAUUUGCAGAAAGGGUUGCCACAAUUGAGCUUGGUGCUGCUAAAGUGAACAAAGAUAGUGGAGAAGUGAAAGAGCUUAAAGAACAGAUAGCUAGUCUUAAAGCAGCCUUAGCGAGAAAGGAAGGAGAGCCCGAGCAGCUGCAAUGUACGCAAUCCAUGUCCGGUAGCUUAGAAAUAAAUAGAUCGAAGCAUGGAUCAUCCUCUUCUCUUCCUAAAUGGCAUAGUUUCAGUGAGCUAUCUAGCAACCAUGCUAACACUGAGAAUGAAUCAUCAUCCACAUCAAGGAGAGAUAGUUUGGAAAUCCAAGAAAUGUUAACCAAUCCAUCUCUAUGGCCACCUCUUGGCAGUGCUGCUUCAAGUGCAAAGGAGGAGGAUAGAGAUUCAGCUUCUGGUGAGUGGGUUGAUAAAGUCAUGGUGAACAAGCAUGACAACACAAGGAAGGAUCAAAAUCCGUCAGCAAGCAGGGAAGUAGGCAAUGAACAAUUGCCUGAGAAGUUCUUUCACAGUUAUAUUCGUGGUCCUACGAAGAUAUAUCCAGAACAAAACUUUAAUAAAUUGAGUGCAAACAAGAAGGGCAACCAUGACUAUGAUCAGCAACGAAUUCGGUCUGAAGGUGGCUCUACUGAUGACUCUGAUCAUGAAGCUGCAACUAGUGAUUGUUCUGAGACAGACUCAGUUUGGCAAUCCAAUAUUCCUAAAAUUACCAAUGUUCCAAACGGGUUGGCAUCUAAAUCAAAGAAACAGCAAACCAAGACCGUAAAGAGCACAGACUUUAAGAGUUCGAUUCCAUCGCUAAUUCCUUCACCAUCAACCCGGAAGUCAUCUAAUGGAGUUAAUCCAAAUAUGCACAAGGGAAAGAGGAAAACUGGAUCUACAAAGUGAUUAAACUGAAGUGUUAAAGGAACUGUCAUCUUCAUUUUUUUCUUCUUUUUGUGACUUUCUAUCCCUUUUCUUGCUCUUUUUCUGGUGUAUCUAUCACUUUGUUGGAUUGAA